AUGUUAGAAAAAGGACUAUCCGAUAUAGAGUAUCUCGAUAACGACGAUGAUAGCGAUUAUGAAGAGACUUUAGUCACAAAUCUAGUACAAUGUGAAGAAGACGAAAAUAAUAUUGAAGAGGAAGAACAAAUAGCUUGGUAUGGUUCACAAGGUCAAGACGAGACCUUUGAUCCGUUGGAAUGGGCUUGGGAAUUGGUGGAUGGAGAGCUCAGUCCUCUCACCAUGACACAGGAAGCCGAUCCCGAGGAAAUUUUAAACAAAAUUUCUUGUUCUUGUGAAACCAAUUGUGGCACGAGGUGCGGGUGCCACCGAAGUGGGUUGGAGUGCUCACUUGCAUACAAGCAUUGUGAUGGCAAUUGCUCAAACCAAAAAGGCACUUCUAGUGACGAGGAAGAAGAUGAAGAAGGGGAAGGAGAUGAAGAAGGGAAAGAAGAAGAAGAAGAGUUUGAACAAGAUGUUUAG